CUUUUCUCCAACGCGAACCUUCGCGGUAGAAGGGAGCCCGAUCCUGACGUCAACAUCGGCGUAGCCACGCGAGUUAGACCAGAAUAACGGAAGUGAUCAUCUCAUACCGAAGAUCGGGGAAAAAGACGACGAUUGGAAUGGAGAAAAGACAGCAGCGUCGUCGUCGUCGUGAUUCAACGACCAGCUUCCAAGGUUGAAGGCCCAGCUCGAAUACACAGCCGCCACCGGAAAAUAUGGGCUCGGAAGCCUGGGAGUUGGAACGGAGGUAUUCAGUACCGGGAGCUCUGGAUACCAGAGGCUUAGAGCCGCCGGCCAGCGAAGAUCUGCACGCAUGGUCGAUCUACAGGCAAAACCUGAAUUCCGACUUCACGGACUCCGCACUCGGCUCCGCCGAGAAAUCGCCAUUGCCCUACGGGAACUUCCAACUCCGCGACUCCACAGUGCAGAGUAUACUGCGGCAUCCGCGGUAUGGUCCAAAGAGCCCGCUGGCCAACAACUCUUACACGUACUUAAAAUUCGGCCUGCCGCGUGUCUUGCCGCCCAGUUCGCGGAAUCGUGAUGGCUCCAGCGGUUACGAUUCUAGCGAGGAAGGACGACGCGUGUCGCACGCAGGUGUUCCCGUGCACACGACCUCAAUCAUACGGUCAGCUAGAAGCGAUCCGGACUUCAGACACGUCCACGCAGUCCCGAGGGAAGUACAUUCCCAGCUGACUGUCACGAGAGACCACCCAAGGCUGAGGAGCGCCAGUGAGGCUAACCUCCUGCAGAGCGCGGUUAGGACCAAUCGACGACACAGCAUCGCUCCAAUUGAUCCUGGAUACAUAGCUCAUGGUAUGCUAGCACCGGAAGGAUACACAGUGCCGUUAAGAUCCGUGCCAUGCCUGCAGCAUCCUCACUUGCAGCUGCGAGGCGUGGAGGCUUCCGGCUCGGACGGGUUGCCGCUGCUUCGUGGUAUUACCCUCGAGGCCGGUGCCGCCGAAGUGCUGGCCAUCAUGGCGACUACCGAGAAGGAGGGUACGCAGAUCAUCGAGACGAUCGCGGGCAGAAGGCGCAUUAAGAGGGGAGAUAUUCUGCUCAAUGGAAGAUCUGUAUCGGCGCGUACCCUGAGAUCCCGCGUCGCCUAUCUGCCAUCAGAAAGCGGUCUGAGUCCCGGGCUGACAGCGCAACAGACUUUAAGCUUUUACAUGUUGCUAAGAGGCGGCAAUAACACUACCGCGCUCGAGGCCGAAGCGGUCUUGCAGGAGCUUGGUCUGGAAGCGACUAAGCACUGUCUGGUAAACACUCUGACAACUUCCGAGGCACGACGACUAGCCCUCGCUUGCCGGCUUCUUCAGGACUCGCACAUUCUCGCUCUGGAUAGACCCACACACGGUCUGGACAUCUUUGAUGCUUUCUUUCUGGUUGAGUAUCUGAGGCAGUGGGCCAGCCGCGGUCAGCGGCUCGUCGUGCUUACCUUGCACCCGCCUACCUACGAGAUCCUGACAAUGGUGUCGAGAGUAGCGCUUACGUCCGGCGGUCGGAUUAUGUAUUCCGGGCUCAGAAGAGACAUGCUGCCAUAUUUUGCGCUUGCUGAGUUUCCCUGUCCUCCGUUCAAGAAUCCCUCGGAUUACUAUCUUGAUUUAGUAACAUUGGAUGAUCUAUCAGCGGAAGCGAUGCUAGAAUCCUCGCAGAGGAUAGAUCAUUUGGCGGAACUUGCCAAAACGAGAUUGCCGCCGCUUACUGAUCCUGGACCACCCGGUGCGCUUCCGCCUUCAACGUCCGGCCCCAACAUAUUCGUACAAAUUUACGCGUUGUUAUUACGAACGCUCAUUUAUAGUCAACCAUGGACGUUGACGCGACUGCUGCGAAAGAUUAUAGUCUCCGCGUCACUCAGUAUUUUGCUCGGUGCAAUAUUCUGGGACGUUGCCGGAGAAUCGAAUCUACACUUGAGGGAUAGAAUAGGUUAUCACUAUGCCAGUUUAGGUAUUUUCUUUUGGCCUUUGAGUUUGCUGGCGAUGUGCGAUGUGUUUAGCAAUAGACCGAACGUGGAAAGAAACAUCAGGGAUGGACUGUAUAGCAGAUUUAUCUACAUUCUUGUUGAGCUUGUUUGUAAUGUACCGUCUUGGUGUAUGAUCUAUCUGAUAUACUUGGCGCCAGCAUUCGCGAUGUCGGGAUUGCACCUUGUGCCGGAUGAGAAUCUAACGUCGUUGUGGAAUUACCUUGCCGUCGGUCUGCUGUACCUGAUGCUACAACAUCUAAUCUGUACAUUUUUCGCGCAUAUAUGCAAGUGGAUCUACCUGGCGACGCUGUUCGCCGGCAUGGUGAUAGGCGAGAUGACCCUAGCCGGCGGGGUUGUCCUGCACUUGGACAAUUUACCGUCAUGGUAUCAGCAGAUCAGUCCGAUGCAAUGGUCUUUGUCGCUGCUGUUGCCACGCUUGCACAGGACCGAGAAUAUGAGCAAACUAGCCAACUGCAAGCCCAAACAGAUCCAACGCCAGGAUAUUAUUAUCCAAGCAGCUUGCGAACCACCUGACGGCGCGUUAGCUCUUCACGAGAUUGCUCUGGAUAAAUUAAACGUACGAGGAGAAUUGUGGCUGGGCGUCGGAGUGGCUGUUGUAGCCACGUUGAUCGUUCUGAGCUUCCUGUGCGUCAAGUACGCCACUCCGAAGAGUCCUAGAAGCGCUCCAAAUAAACCUUGAUAUGUAUUUUAUGUAUGAGUCGUUAAUGCGAAGUAGAAAGCAAACCAAGAUUAUAUAUGCAAUCGAACUGUCACGAAGUAAUCGAUCUAAAUGUCCGAUAACUUAUCGAUAUCUUUUCGAUCUGAAUGUUUAAUGUCUUAUUACAUAAGAUAUUCAGAUAGAAUCUGUUUUAUUUGAUGAUAAACAUUGCAUAAGUCACAUAAAUAGUCUACUUCGCAUCACGCUUAUAAAGUCUUGUCUAUGUCUACCCUGUUGUGAUUCUUUAAAGCAGCAGAAUUUUAAGGACUUGCAAGGCAGACAGGUAAUAUGGAGUACAAAGCUUAAUGAGAGAUAUUAGCUUAUAUUCCUUAAUAGAAAAACCGCCGUUCAUAAACGACAGAAAUAAACACGCUUAUACUCCGUAUAUUGUCCUAAUCGAUACGCGCCCGCGUAUUAUUGUAACCGUAUAAAAUAAACAUUUUCACAAAAUGAA